AUGGGUUUUAUACAUCUAUUAGUAGUAGCAUCACUACCAGUUGCGAAAGUGCUAUUGGUAACAGCCGUAGGAAUGUUUCUAGCAUUAGAGCGUAUUGAUUUAUUGGGUGAAAAUGCUCGCAAUCAUUUAAACAAGAUUGUGUUUUAUGUUUUCAGCCCUUCUCUUAUCGCGGCUAACUUGGCUAAAACCGUCACCUUUCAAAGUUUUCUUAGUUUGUGGUUUAUGCCAAUAAACAUAUUGGUUGCGUUUAUAAUAGGGGCUAUAUUAGGAUGGUUACUUGUUAAAAUUACAAGACCACCUAAGCAUCUCAAGGGACUCAUAAUUGGAACUUGUUCUGCUGGGAAUAUGGGAAUCUUCCCUAUCAUUUUAAUUCCUGCAAUAUGCAAGGAGAAGGGCAGUCCAUUUGGAGCCAUUGAUGUUUGUGAGACGUAUGCUCUAUCCUAUUCUUCGCUUUCCUUGGCGAUAGGGGCAGUAUACAUAUGGUCACUUGUUUACAACAUUGUGAGAAUGUCUGCUGAGGAAAUAGCAAGAGAUAAAGAGGCAAUUAAUAGCUCAGGCAUCCCCAUUCAGGAACCCCUCCUUCCUUGCAGUGAAAAUCAUUGUCUCGCAGCUUCUCAUCAUCAGGUUUCAUUGUCAGUCAAGAUAAACUACUGUAUAAGAACUUUCUUAGGAAAGGCCAACCUCAAAGUAGUGUUCGCACCAUCAACUAUUGCAGCGAUAUUUGGUUUUGCAAUUGGAAUGAUUUCUCCGAUCCAAAAAUUGAUGAUCGGCAAUGAAGCUCCACUCCAUGUUGUCACAGACUCGGCCUUCAUGCUAGGAGAAGCAGCCAUUCCAGUUCUCACCAUAAUACUCGGAGCCAACCUCCUUCAAGGAUUAAAGGGUACCGGCAUUCAACUAAGAGUUAUUCUUGGCAUAGUUGUAACUCGCUACGUACUUCUUCCUCUAUUCGGAAUUCUCAUUGUUAAGGGUGCACUCCAACUUCGUCUUGUUCCGUCCAACAAUAAAUUGUUCGUAUUUCUUCUUCUUCUUCAAUAUUCCAUGCCACCAGCAAUAAACCUAGGCACAAUGACACAACUGUUUGGAGCAGGCCGAAGUGAGUGUUCGGUAAUUAUGCUAUGGACUUACGCUUUGGCCUCUGUAUUUCUUACUCUUUGGUCCACUUUUUUCCUUUGGAUUGUUACAUGAAAAAAAAAAAAAUUCAUUCUCUUCGACCGAAUUUAAUAGUCACAUUAUUAUAAUUUAAUUAAAUUUUCACUAUAUUGGAUAUUGAAAUUUUUGUAAGAUAC